GGAAAUGUUGAUACGAUACAAUUUUGUAAACAUUGAUAUUAAACACCUUUUACAAUAAGUUUUUUUUCACUCGGUUUAACCUGUUGGGCCAAUGAGCAAGAUCAAAUCUCAUCUAACAUAUGAGUAAUAACAUAUAACAUACCAAAGUAAUAGUUCGUAGUUGGAUCCAACAUAUGAUAAAAUUCAUACUACUCUCAUAUUACAUCAAUAUUCAAAUGUUUAGCUAAGAAAUAAAAAAAAUAGAAUUAGACAAAGAAGAAAAAAAACCCCGAAAAAGAUGCCCAUUCGCAAAUCAAAGAAAAAAGCGACUCUAGUUCGAGAUUGUUGUUGCAGGCCGACAAAUAGGUGUGUGGUGCUCGUAUUCCUCCCCUCCUCCAGGUAAAAUCGGAUAUGUAGACUUGCAGGUUGACAACCUUGCGUUUUACAAUCAAAAUAUAUUUGCAUGACAAAAGAAAAUAAAAAUAGUUAUAAAAAAAAACAACGGAUGGAUGGAUAUGCCAUUUUUUAAAAAGGGGGAAAAUGAAGGACGGGAAAUGGGAAAGAUGAAAGGAAUCUCAGGACCACGUGGCAAAUUCACAUGACGAUGGGCCAGCAUGAGAGAGAGUUGAAGCUGUCAGUACUUGGGCCUCUGCUCCUCUUCUCCCCAUUUCUCCACCUUUUCUUUUUAUUUUUGAAAUUUCCCCUGGAAUUAAAACGAUUCCAAGGCCUAUAAGACCGAUAAAUAAAUUGUUUUAAAAAAUUUAGGUUUACAGAAAGAAAAUAAUAAUAUGUAAAUAUAUUAUUUUUUUUUAUAAAAAUGAUAUAGGUUUACUCUUCGUAGGUACUAUUUAAUAGAUUCGAAUUUGAAAACUUCAAGUGCAACACUAAUGAAAUAAUGAUAUUAUCACUAGAACACGCCAUAGUUCGUAACAUGUAAUUAAAGCUUUGAUAUUCAUUUUCCAUGGCAGAACAAAAGAGUGAAAACAACAGGCAGUCAUUCUACCAUAAUUCAUCCCCAAAUUGAAAAAGAAAAAUAGUCACAUAUUAAUGAUAUUAUUCUCCUCCGCCGGCCUUUACAAAAUAAUUAUUAAUUACAAAAACAGGCACCAACCAAACGGGAAAAUGGGGAGAUCCGUAAAAGAGGAAACGGCGUUAACAUGGGGAAGCCUUUCAUUUUGACGUGGGUCCCCGUUACCGUAAGCGGAGCAGGGUGUGGUGGUCCAAAUAUCGAGGUCGACGUCUGAAUGUGGGGCCGUCCAUCUCAUCUCCAACUCCCACCCAUCUUACUAUACCAAUGGCGGGGUCCCCCCUCUUCCCUUCAUGUAGGUCUUCCAAGAAUACCGAUUCGGAGGCUGUAUCGGAAAAAUUAGCGAGUAUUCUAUACUAAAAUCGUGGUUUAAUGAUGAAUCAACCGUUUUAUAUCGCUAAAUAACGUUUGCUGGUUUAGUCUAUUGUAGGAGAUUUUUUAAGGCUGAACCGUCGGUACGGUACUGUAUUUCAAUCCUUGAGGUCUUCUGAUGAAAUAAAAUGAGUCGUGUUGAGUCGAGUUUAGUCGAGUUUUGCUUUGUUCGGGUUUGGUUUGUUGAUAAACGAAGCGAACGUUUAUUAACGAGCUAGUCGAGUCGACUUUGAUACGACUUAUUUUGUUAAGAGUUUGCCUCGAUAGUUUCUUUUCAGUUAAUUACUUGGACUAUUGACCGUUUCUCUUUAUGACAAUAUAACUUUGCUAGGACUAUAAACGUUGAAAUACCGCCUACUGUGGUUUAGCCUCUAGUAGGAGAUUUUUUUAAGGUUGAAAUGUCGGUAUGGUACGGUAUUUCAGUCCUUGAGGUCUUCUAAUGAAAUGAAAUGAGUCGUGCCGAGUCGAGUUUUGCUUUGUUCGGGUUUGGUUUGUUAAUAAACGAGGUGAAUUCGUACUAGACUCGUUUAUCAACGAGUUGGUCGAGUCGGCUUCGAUACGACAUAUUUGUUAAAGCAUUGACUCGUUAUUAAGAUCACGAGUUUGCCUCGAUAGUUUGUUUUCGGUUAAUUAUUUGGACUAUAACCGUUUCUCUUUAUGACAAUAUAACUUUGCUGCACUCUAAAAAUCACGAUUAGAAUGACCAAAUUACACAAUGGAAAUUGUGUACACAACAAUGCAAAACCCAAAUGUUUUGGUAGAGAGCAAAUCAUGCUGAAAAAAAGGAUAAAAACAAAGACAGGCAAGAAACAGAUUAAUCGAAUUCGAACUAUUAUUUCUAUGAUUAUUCCUCUUAUCAGUUAUUAUAUAUGUUUUCCUAGCUUGAAACCUUGUUCUGAUCUUGGUAGUGAUCAGAUUGAUAAUAAUGAUUACUAUUAUUAUUUGAUAAGCAUUUUUUUAAUUUUGUGGUAGCCGGCCGCAUUCUAAACUUUUGUGUCUGACAACCAACAAGAUUUGGCAUUUGAGAGGAGUGUAUUUGCAUCUAAACACCAAUUAUUAAUUAAGUAUUAACAGUAAAAUACGGAAGAAGAAGAGAAAGAACCUCACGAGGAGCGAUUAUUUAUAUAUAUAAUGCCUGACUCAUUGUCUGAUCGAGGUGUGUUCGUGAAAGUAGGAAUGCAAUUCCACUUGAUCUAUUUAACUAGAUUUGUGUAACUUGUUUUCUGUGGGCGAGCAUGUGCUCUGAUCCGUCCUUAUUAGUGUUCUAUUUUUUGUUAAAUAAAUUUAAUUUUACUCAAAUUGUUUAUGAUUUUACUUUUAUUAUUUCAUAUAUUUUGAGCUAUAAUGAAGUUGUAAACCGUUGAGAACCUCAAUUUCAUGAAUAAUUUAAGUACAUUUAUCAUAUAAUAGUUUUGUUUCAAAGCUUGUUAACAAAAAAAUUAAUAUUUAUAAUAUUUUUUUCAUAUAAAUUACAUACCAAUAUAAAUCGACCUGUUCUGACCCGCACUCCAUAAUAAAUUACUCGCCCUGCCACAGAUUGAGUAUGAGUAUAAGAUACCUGCCUCUAAACCUACUCCAUUGACAUUCCUACGUGAAGGACUGAUCGAUGACUGGACCCUUCCUCUCAUCAUAGCAAAUCAAAUAACGUAAAAAAAAAAAUCUAUGACGUAAUAAUAAUGAUAAUAAUUUUUCUAGAAAAUCUUCUCACAGUAAUUCGGAGAAAAUUUUACAAUGCUCAUAGCAUCAAUAUUUUAAGAUACAACUCAAAUUUGUACAAAAUAUUAUACGUACAAAUUGAAUUUGAUUUUUUUUCACAUCAUUAAAUAUAAAAGUACACUUUAUAUCAUAACAAAAUUUCGAUUUUGAAAACAAAAUCACCCCAAUCCUUAUUAGCGCAAAUGGUAGACCUCGAGUUCUUUCAAAGGUAGAGUCCCGUGGCCUCCGAAUGUGUGUCAACAUACCUAUAAAGAGCUCACUGAAUGGAAUUCGUGUCCGAGGUCCCCACCUCCCCUGCCUUCCCUUCCUACUUAGCUCAGGGGAACCCAGUCUCAUACGAAUCCACCGCCAAGUAAUCAGUCUUUGAUGAUUCACUAUGAUGGGUCGUUCAUUAGCGACUCCCAGCCGGCGGCAUAUGGUGUUGUGGUUGUUAACCACCAUGGACAAGUGUGUGAUGGGAGAGCUGAGGAUCUUCUUUGUUCCACCCCAAUUGAAGCGGGAACUAAGGCCCUUCUCGAAGGAGUGAAAUUAGCUCAAGAAUAUGGAUCCGAGUGUACGGUUCAAUCCGACUGCCAGGUGCUGGUGAAAGCUUUGGACAACGAUCGCUCUCGAUGGCCUUGGAGGUGUGCAGCCUGGAUCGGUUCGAUUGUUUCUAUCCUUCAGACAAACCCUCUCAUCAAAAUCAAAGAAGUGCUCAGAACACUUAAUGUCAGAGCGGACUGAGUUGCACGUUCUAAAGCUAGAGCGUCUCUGCCUGAUAAUUGGAUUAAUAUUCUUGAUCUCAUUUCUGAUCUUCUUUAAAGAAUUGUGACCGAGUUUCUCAGCUUUCAUUUGAUUUGUGGAAUAAAAGUUGGUAGAGCCCUUCUACUAUGCUAUAUAGUAUUGGUGCUUUAAUGUACAACUCAAAGUUGUAUCAUAACAUUAAAUGUAUAAGUUUAGGUUGUACCAUAAAGCAAUUUGUACCAUUACGUUAUGGUACAACUUUACAACUUGAAGUUGUACCAUCACAUAAAGGUACAAGUUCAAGUUGUACCAUAAAAGAAUUUGUACAAAAAGUAUAGGUACAAUCUAAAAUUGUAUCAUAACAUAAAUGUACAAAUUUAAGUUGUACUAUAAAGACAAAAACCUAUAGCACCAAUACUAUAUAGUAUUGUAAAAUUUCUCAAGUCGGUACCCUUUGUAAAAAAAGAGUUUGCCAUGGUUUAAGAAUCAUAUAUUAAAAAAAGAGAUUGUUUGUGGUCCGUAUGGGAUAUUUUUGAGAUGAGAAGAAGAGGGGUAAUAAUUUAUAUUCCCGUUUCGUGUUGGGAGAGUCGCCCACACGUGCUGCGAGAUGGACACCCACGUGGCGAGGGGGGAACACUAACUGAGCUGCGAUUGGCGACUGUCCCCUACUUGCGGCAGCCAGCGCGUGGUUCCGCUACUCUCUCAUCUGCUCCUCUUCUUCAGUAAAAGUUGACUCCUCUUUCUCUCUCUCUGUCUGUCUCCGUCCAGGGGUGGUGGGAUCCGCGUUCAUGUGAUCGUUCAUGUGCUGUGUUUUUGCGUUUUUUGCCCAUCCCAUCCCCACUUUUCCGUUCUCUCACUCCGUUAACCAAAUAAUAAUAAUAAUAAUAAUAAAUAAUGAAAAAGACGUUGCUGUCCGAAACAGUAACCUUUUUGCGCUUCAGUCUCUCUCUCUCUCUCUGGUGAUUCAGAAAGAUUUCGUUCGACCGAAUUAGUAUGAGAGGAGACCACAUUGCUCACUGUCUAUCCUGCAAUGGCUUGGGACUUGGGCCCAAUGUUUCUUUUCUCAAUGCUAAAUCUGAAUCUCAUCUCCUCCUCCUGCAGCAGCAGCAGCCCAGCAAUCCGGCUAUUCUUCUACUAACAACACUCUCUCUCCCAUCCGGCUAUAAUUAACAUAAUAUAAUGUAAUUAUGCAACCACUCGACAUGAGUAAUGACACGAUAUUCAGCCUCGGUGUUGGAUGGUGCAAAAAGAGAUAGAUCGACCCGAGCGACAAAGGAGGAGCCGUUGAGACCGAGUGCCAUGAAGAUAGCGUAACAGACGCUUAACAGACUGUCGGUGAUGUCUUGUAUAGGAGCAUGCAUGGGAUGAUAUAGUUUAUUAACGAUAUAGGCUAUGGCAGGACGAGUGUUGUCGGCUAACUUGAGAGUGGCCGAGGCAGGGUGGAGAUGGGUGGAAACUGGGGGCGACUUCCGAAAUAUUCGAACCGAGCAAGAAGGUCACCAACAUAUACUUGCGUUGCGAGACAGUGAGAGAACAAACCCAACCAAGGAGCUCUUGAAACUAAGAGGGAGCAUCUAAUUCAUUCCCAAUAAGAAGAAGAUCAUCCACAUAUACUAGGAAAUAUACAUGAUGAAAGUACCACAUCGGUAGACAAAAGAGAUGCAUACGAUUGAAUCUUUUGAAAAUCGACAGAUUUUGGGAAGAGACAAAGGGCAGUAUACAAGGACCGAGGAACCGGACAUAGACUAUAAACAGGCGUUUCAAGCGAACAAUAUUAGUAGCUAGGAGAGGUAGAGUCAUGAAACCCAGGAGGUUGUGCCAUGGAUACUUCAUCCUCCAAAUGUCCAUUUGAGAAAGGCGUUGUUAACAUCAACCUUAAAAAUGGGACACUACUUAGAAAGGGCGGUGCUGAAGAUAAUGAAAAUAGUGGUUGGCU